GAAGAAGAAAACAUUUAUUUGCGCGUUAAUUUCAUUAUGUUAAUGUGUGAGUGUGUGUGUACUCGAGCGAGCGAGUAGUAAUCUUUUUCGACUACCCGAAAAACCUGACUGUACCCAAGAAAGAAAAUUUGCUAUUUGAUACUUCCAACAAUACCGAUUAUUCCGAUUAUACUCAAUAAAUAAACCAAAACAAAUCCGCGCCGAAUUAUUGUAUCCUUUAAAUAGGAAAACAAUACUCCCUACUACGGAAACAAAGAAAAUUGGAAAAUUUGUGCCAUAUACUACUCUAUUCGCCUUCGUCAUUGGCUGAUACACAAACCUAUAAAUAUUUUAGAACAACGAGUCAAAGGAUAAACAGUUUAUGAUGGAUGAGGAAACAAUGCAAGCUACCGCUUCUCUUGAUCAGACAGCUUACGAUGAGGAUGAACACAAUGGACGGUCAAGUGCCGAUAUCACGGGUGAACGCAAAGAACGCCGUGGAGCUAGUUACGUGUGGAGUUAUUGUGAAAAACUAUCUCGUCACACUAUACGUUGCAAAUUGUGCACCAAAGUUAUGUCGUUUCAUGGCACGGCAAAUGUCAUUACACACUUGCAAAGACGACACAAUGUACUUGGGGAACCUGGCUCUCAGUUACAUAAUAAAAUUGAUUCCAUGCAAACAACAAGCAACAUAGAUAAUGGUGUCAACUAUGGCAAUGCCAUGAAUAGUGUUAAGAGAGUUCAGCGUAAAUCUAUGAAUUCUGCCAGCGUCGUAUGGAAGUAUUGCACACGCAUUAGUUCGGAUCAAGUACGUUGUUGUUUUUGCAAGAAAAAUCUCUCCUACCAAGGAACAUCAAAUUUGCAAAGACAUCUGCAUCGCAUGCAUGGAGUAGUUACACAUAGUCGUAAUAAUAAAUCGGCCGAAGAGUAUGAUUCGGUACGAGAGGAAAGCUUUAAAUUGCCCGCCAAUACAGAUUUCAUAUGGCAAUUUUGUACACAAAUUGAAGACAAUCCACCAAGGACCAAGUGUAAUAUGUGCGAUGGUAUAUUUGAAGCCAAAGAUACCGAGGCAAUAGUCAAACAUUUGGCUUUAAUACAUUCUUUGGAAACGAAUCCUGAUGGUGAUGGGGAGUCGAAAAAUGUAAUGAGAUCCAGGAAACGUCCAAGACAUAUGGACUUUGAAAAUAGCGACGAUGGCAACCUUGAUGAUUACUAUAACGAUGCAAAAUGGACUAAAAUGGAUGACAAUGAAACUCAACAAUUGUCUUCGGAGUUUGAUGAAGCCAAUAUUAAAAAAGAUGAGUCUCUCUACGAUGAGCUGAUCGAAGAGGAUCAUAAUAAUUAUGAUGAAGAACCUUUUGAUCCAAGUUUGGUGCAGGAUAUGCCACAAACAAAUCCCUUAUCACCUCAAUCAUCGAGUAACAAUUCUCCCAAUGAACAACAAGCUUUGACUUAUACCCAAUCAAAUUGCCCUGUUGCCAUUCCUAAUGUGCUGCCUCAACUAGAUAUAAAAGUACUGCAAAAACUACAGGAAGAUCGUUUGCGUAUGGAAACAGAAUAUUUUCGCGAAAAGGCUGGAUUUUAUCGUAUGCAGAAGUAUUUGACGGCUCUACAAGCAAAAAAGACUCGCUUCGAAUUGGAACGAUUAAGUCACGGCGAAGAAGCUACAGUUGUAACUGCAGCCGAUUUGAAUGGAGCCUAUGCUGUAGAGGUGGCAUUACCUGAACACCAUAUUACUACACAAUAAUUAUUGCGAUGAACUCUUCUGUUUUAUUACUAUGACAUUACGUAGUAUGUAAUAUUAGUAAAUAUGAUAAAAAUCUAUAUUGUAUUAAAUUCUGUAUUCAGGAGUCGUAAUUUUAUUUAAAUUAACAUAACUUAUAGGUUCGUUCGUACGCCUGCAAAAAUAUAUAAAUUAAAACGA